AAACUGAAAGAAAUAGUACUUUCUCUACGACAAAAGCCAAACUGAGUGUUUUUUUGUUUUUUUUGCAAUCGAUACUUUGUUCGGUGUACAUAGAGGUGGCUUGAGUUGAAAAUGACUAUACGCUACAAAGAUUAUUAAUGCUAAACUUUUGGGAAAACGUCUUAAUUGCAAAAUAUAUGUUAACACAGGACUGUUCGUGUAAUGUUGUUCCACUGCCUUAUAGGGAAGGAAACAUGCAGAAAAUGACAGUAUAGCCUAACAAAGUUAACUAGAAAUGAAAUUUUAGCAUAUGAGCAAGUUUUAAAUGUGUGUGAUGCGGUGCCAUUAAUGUGUAACAAUUCCUGUCCUGCAUUUUAUUGUAAUUUUUUUUUCGUAAAAAAUGCUACAACUUUGCAAAUAUUCAGAUUUAUCUUGUGAUUUUUAAUUAGCGACUGUAGUUUAGUAAACAGUAAAACAGCAUCUUACAUUUAACAAAUCUACUCGCUUAUUUACAGCAGAUUAAAACAAACAAACAAAAAAAGAUAAUUUUCAAGUUUACAAAAAUAUAAAAACUUGUAUGUGCCGGUGUUGUCAUGCACGUAACCAAGAGACACGGGAUAAGUUGUUAGGUCAGAAAAGACAGCCUUCGUUCUGUAUACAGACAAAUCAAGUGGCGUGCCGUCAUGAACAUCCAUUUAAGGUCGCUCUGCCAGGCUGCAGUAGUUGACCUUAAACGCCCAGGUUACACAAAAUAAUGACAAGAAAGGCUUUUUUUAUAUAAAGUCAAUUUGAGUAUCUAAACAUGUAUUCUCGCAUUUUUGGGCGAUCCGACUAUGUGGUAUUCCUGCACGGUAACUGCAGCUGUGCUAAACCGCUGGAUUCUGACGAGCCUCCUUAAACAGAUAAUGGCACUUGGUUUGCAUUUGCGUCAAGCUCGAGACUAUGAAUUUAAUUUUGCAUGCAUACUGAAUGGACUGUAUGAACCUCAGAGCGAUUGGUCAUUUUGUUUCAUUCAGCAUUAGUGAAAAGGUGUUUGUUGGCUACAUUACCGGCUGUUAUAAAAAUAUACAUAUUUUUUUCAUAAAUGUUUUAUAGGAUGGCCCAGUGCCAUACCGCAUUCUUGCUGAGUGAAGAAAGGUAAAGUCGUAUCAGCAACGAAACGGGGCUAAGGGAUCUCAACAAUAGGAAUCACAUCCAAGCAAUGACUGGCUUCUACUGACAUAUGCAUUCGCUGAGAGUGAAAUCUGGCAAAGACAAAGUUCCCGAGCGGUCUCCUAUGAUGGAGGGUGGCAUGCAGCUCCUCAACAGGGAUGGUCACAGCAUCGUGCACAACUCCAAGCGGCACUACCACGACUCCUUUGUGUCCAUGAACAGGAUGCGGCAGCGGGGAGUGCUGUGUGACAUCGUGCUGCACGUGGGGGCCAAGGAGAUCAAGGCACAUAAGGUGGUGCUAGCGUCUUGUAGCCCUUAUUUCCAUGCAAUGUUUACAAACGAGAUGUCAGAAAGCCGACAGACCCAUGUGACUUUACAUGACAUCGACCCGCAGGCCCUGGAGCAGCUGGUGCAGUACGCCUACACGGCGGAAAUCGUGGUCGGAGAGGGAAACGUACAGACUCUUCUACCUGCUGCCAGCCUCCUUCAGCUCAAUGGAGUCCGGGAUGCUUGCUGUAAGUUCCUCCUCAGCCAACUGGACCCUUCGAACUGCCUUGGCAUCCGGAGCUUCGCGGAUACACACUCCUGCAGCGACCUGCUCAAGUCAGCUCAUAAGUACGUCCUUCAGCAUUUUGUGGAGGUCUCCAAGACAGAAGAGUUCAUGCUGCUGCCACUUAAACAGGUGCUUGAUCUGAUCUCCAGUGACAACCUGAAUGUCCCUUCGGAGGAGGAAGUGUACCGGGCCGUGCUGUGCUGGGUUAAACAUGACAUCGACAGCAGAAGACAGCAUGUACCCCGGCUGAUGAAGUGUGUGCGGUUGCCCUUGCUGACACGGGACUUCCUGAUGAGCCACGUGGACACAGAGCUCCUGGUGAGGCAUCACUCCGAGUGCAAGGACCUGCUGAUCGAGGCUCUCAAGUACCACCUGAUGCCCGAGCAGAGGGGGGUGCUGAGCAACAGCAGGACCAGGCCCAGGAGGUGUGAAGGAGCUAGCCCUGUGCUGUUUGCUGUCGGUGGGGGCAGCCUGUUUGCCAUUCACGGCGACUGCGAGGCCUAUGACACCAGAACAGACAGGUGGCACAUGGUGGCAUCCAUGUCCACAAGGAGAGCUAGAGUGGGUGUCGCUGCCAUAGGGAACAAGCUGUAUGCUGUGGGAGGGUAAGAACAUUGACACAGUUCUACUGAACCGAUGACACCUCUGUCAUAUGAUCCUGUUACCAACUCAUGGCAGCCUGAGGUUUCCAUGGGAACCAGGCGCAGCUGCCUGGGUGUAGCCGUGCUACAUGGCCUAUUGUAUGCUGCUGGAGGGUAUGAUGGAGCGUCAUGUUUAAACAGUGCAGAGAGAUACGACCCUCUCACCGGUACCUGGACAUCUAUUGCUGCUAUGAGCACCAGAAGAAGAUACGUCCGGGUGGCAACGUUAGAUGGGACUCUCUAUGCUGUGGGUGGAUAUGACAGCUCUUCUCACUUAGCAACAGUAGAAAAAUACGAUCCUCAGACAAACACAUGGACCUCCAUUGCUAACAUGCUGAGUCGCAGGAGCAGUGCCGGGGUUGCAGUGCUGGAGGGGAUGCUGUAUGUAGCUGGAGGGAAUGAUGGGACAAGCUGCCUCAACUCUGUGGAGAGAUACAACCCUAAAACAAACACCUGGGACAGCGUGGCCCCAAUGAAUAUCAGAAGAAGCACCCACGAUCUUGUAGCGAUGGACGGGUGGCUCUACGCCGUGGGUGGCAAUGAUGGGAGCUCGAGCCUCAACUCCAUCGAGAAGUACAACCCGCGCACCAACAAGUGGGUCGCUGCCUCCUGCAUGUUCACCCGGAGGAGCAGCGUCGGGGUGGCUGUGCUGGAACUCUUAAACUUCCCCCCUCCAUCCUCUCCCACCCUCUCGGUGUCCUCGACAAGCCUUUGACAAAGAAUGAAGUCUCGCCUUACCUCUGCCGGACUCCAGUGUCUGUCAAAUAGAAGGAACUGCUCAGUGUGACCCUGUAAGAUGACAGGGCCUGCUGUCCGGGUUUACUCACAGUGCUGUCUCGGCAACAAGAAAUGCUCUGUGGGCAACCGGGGGGACAAAAAAGCUCUCCCUCACACAAACACUGCCACUUGACUGUGGUCAUCAUAUGUAUCCUACUUACAUGUACUGUAGUCCUGAAUUGCUUAGUUUUAGUCGAAGAGUAAAUGAAUGGUUUACCUAGGGAUAUGCCAGGUUGUUCUGCCGUGCAUGUGUACUGUAAUUUUGUCUUUCUGGCAAAGUUGUAAGCGGCAGUGCUACCGAGCUCCAGUAAGGGGGAGACAUUGCACACUCUGGUUGACUUGUUGUGAAACAGACUUGGUUUUACAGCCGCAGGCCAGUGCUAGUUUCGGAAAAAAGAUAACAUUUUCUCAGUUCGGUCACCGAUUAGGGAUGUUAAGGCAUUCGCCAAGCAGCAAAGGGACCGCAGAGACUUCCGUUCAGCUGUUCGACAAAGUUAGUAACACAUUGAUUGAAUGAUUUACCAGGAAGUAAGCGUGACAACUUCUUUUAUUUCUUUCUUUAUAGUCCCAACCAGGAUCCUGUAUAGUUCCUACUUUAAAAAAAAAAAACGUUAACGUCUACCAAAAAUCUAAAUAUAACAAACUGAAUUCAGGUCUAACACCAAAUACACGGCUGUCUGCUUAACACUAGCACACUUUGACAUGAGAGGUCAUUAGAUCCUCUAUAAAUUGCACUCUUAGUGAAUCUAUUUGUAUACAUCUGAGACCAGGAAUAUGGUGCAGCAGCAAACACUAAACGGUUACACUAAAAAAAAAAAAAAGUAGUUUAAAGGGAGAUGAUUUGAGACAUACAUAUUUUCAUGUAUUUAUUUAACAUAAGUUUUAGUGUUAACGAGACAAAGCCCUUAUUAAUAAACCACCCCACUGUCAAUGCUGUCCUGGAGAGUGUCCCACAAUAUCCAGCUACAUUCGCUCAUUUGAAAAGGUCCCAGUGUCCUUCAGCUUUUAGGAUGUUGCUGUUCAACACUGAAUGAAACAGGCACGCAAGUAAAAUACUCUUUACCUCUUACCUACAGCUUUGACAGUAUCUCCUGAUUUACUGCAUUUAUAUAUAUAAACAAAACCUGUGAUAGAAGUGUGCCAUGGUGAGUCAAUGAGAGCAUGUAAGGAGAUGCCUUGAUAUGAAAAUGUAACCCAAGGGUGAAGGGUCACUG